AUGAUGAGGUGGAAGCGAUGGCUGGAUGACCUACCAAGGCUGACGUGCGUUACCAUUGAUAGAUGUCUCCAACCAAGGGAAUUCAGCGACAUAGUUGCCUUUCAGCUUCACCAUUUUUCUGACGCGUCAGAGCGAGGUUAUGCCGCUGUGUCGUACUUGCGUGUUGUUGAUGUGCAUUUAAAGAUCCACUGCGCAUUUGUCAUGGGAAAGGCCCGAUUGUGUCCAGUGAAACAGGUCACCAUUCCUCGGCUAGAGUUGUCCGCUGCAGUUUUGGCGGUGAGGUUGAAUGAGCUGAUCCAAAGAGAGAUUAGACUGCCUAUCAUGGAGACAGUGUAUUGGACAGACUCCACGUCAGUUCUUCAGUACAUCCAGAAUGAGAGUCGCAGAUUUUACACAUUUGUUGCGAAUCGCGUUUCAAGGAUACAGAGUGGAUCUGACCCAUCCCAAUGGCGGUACGUGGACACAGCCAGUAACCCGGCUGAUGAUGGCUCACGAGGAUUGACUGCAGACGCCAUGAUCAAGAACCAACGAUGGCUGAACGGACCUGAUUUCCUGUUGAAGGAAGAACAACACUGGCCACUCCCACCUGUUGUAAUCAAGGGGCCCUACCCAGAUGUACUACCCGAUACUCUGCAGAGUGAUCCCGAGGUGAAGAAAGUUGUCCAGUCUUACUCCAUAGUUGAGAAGGAUUGUGUACAGGAAUUCCUGAGUAGAUACUCAUCCUGGAGUCAAAUGAAGCGUGGAGUUGCCUGGUUGCUGAGAUAUAGAGACUACCUCUAUGCUCGUGCCAAGGGAAGACGGGAUGCCAGCGAAUUCUGUUGUAGGAGACUGUCUUUGUCAGAGCUGCAGAGAGCAGAGAGAGAAGUCGUCAAAUACACUCAGCGUCAGUCGUUCCGUAAGGAGAUUGCUGUACUUGAGGCUCAUGCAGAUGACGACAGAAUAACCACCAAGAAGAGUAAGAAAGUUCCAAAUGCGCUCCACAAAUUGAGCCCCAUUUUGGUGGAUGGAAUUCUCCGUGUAGGUGGACGCCUUGAGAAUGCACCAAUCCAACAUGACAUCAAGCAUCCGAUUAUCCUGCCGAGCGAUCACCAGGUGACGAGGCUGCUGAUCGAACAUCAUCAUCUCAAGGUUGGUCAUUCAGGGGCAGGUAUGACAUGGACGUCACUAAGAGAGAGAUUUUGGAUACUGAAGGGAGGAUCUACAGUGAGGCGAGUGAUUGGAAAGUGUUUCCGUUGCAAGAAAAGAAAUGCACCCCUUUGUCAACAGCUGAUGGGUGAGCUGCCAGCAGAUAGAGUCACUCCAGAGAAGCCCCCCUUUACGUACGUGGGCGUGGAUUACUUCGGUCCACUUUACGUAAAACAAGGACGCAGCCAUGUCAAGAGAUACGGAUGUGUCUUCACGUGUCUUACCAUGAGGGCCAUACAUAUAGAAAUUGCUCACUCACUUGACACAGAUGCCUUCAUAAACGCUUUGCGGCGGUUCAUCAGCAGGAGAGGUACACCAGAAAAGAUCAGGAGCGACAAUGGUACCAACUUCACGGGUGGAGAGCGCGAGUUGCGGGAGAGUAUUGCAUCACUGAACGAGCAGAAGAUUGGAGACUAUCUUCAUCAACGAGGAAUUGAGUGGCAAUUCAACCCACCAACGGCAAGUCAUAUGGGAGGAGUCUGA